CGGGGCCGGUCGCGUUGUGAAGCGGUUCGUAUUCCGUGCCUUCUUACAGCCCUGCAGCAGUUACAUGGCGGAUGGCGAUCGGAGUGAGCACCAUGAUGCUGGCAUGGCGUGGCCGCAUGUCUUCUUUGCUGCGCUUGUCAUCGGUUUCGUGCUGGUGCUUGCAUUCAUCAAGCCAUCAAAGGAGAUUGGUGUGCAGGUGGCAGCGACAGCAGUGUCGGUGCUCAUUGCCAUGGCAGCUCGUCAGUGCUGCUACCUCCUUUGUGAGCUGCAUCGACUGCCGGCGAGAUCCAUGGGGAGCGCCCUGAAGGCAGCAGCUGAAUGUUGCCAACUGCCAUGGACUACAUGGCUGGUGUUCACCACCUGCUUUGUCCUCUCCUUUCUGACGGUCCGUGAAGAUCCUGAUGAGCUGUGGCACACCCUAGAAAAACUGGGCCAUGUACAUUUACUGGUGGCUUUUGUCACCAUGCUCUGCGUCUGGGAGGCAUCGCAGAUGGAGCAUCUCUGCCACCUGGGGUCCUCACAUGUGGGCGAGAACCUCGCCUGGGCCUACGUGUUCAACUAUCUUUUGGUGCUCACUGAUCCCUGCAGCAGGCUUCAUGACCGCUCGUUGUGUUCCCUUUGGGAACGGAUGACGCAGUACGAGCAGGACAACGAUGUCAUCCUCGCUAUCAGGAAACUGAUUGUCCUGAUGCCAACAUCGUGCUACAUAGAACCAGAGUUGGGCGUUGGUGGUGAUGAGGACAUUGAAGUGGCCAACCGGAUGGACGAACUGAAGAUCUCUCGAGCUGGCACUCGGGAACGCAAAUACACAAACACUGUUUACAAGAUACGGAAUGGUGACGACAGUCCGUUCUAUUGUGUGGCCGAGGGUGCAAGCCCACUGCUGACACUGAACGAUAUGCGAGAAUGUGGCGAGUUGACAGCCGAGCAGCAGCGAGCACAGAUGAGAAACUUUGUUGACAAGUUGCGGGAGCUGGUCAACGCCAAUGCAGCCUGUCGGUCGCGCAUCCUCUUGGUUCAGUACGAUGACAUGAGUGAAGAUGGCCAUCCGGUACCUGUCUCUUCAAUCCUGAGGAACGUCAUCAAGAAGGAACAGGGGCUGACUUAAUUCAUCAUUGUGGUUGUUUCACAGCCAUUUAUUAUGGGACAAAAUGUGCUUUCUCUUGCUCUUUUACCUCUGCGUGAAAGUUUUGAGCCUUUUCAAUUCUGCACCAAAAAAUUCCAUUGUUUUCGCUUUACAUGAUGACAGCAGAAAUGGUUUAAAAUAGAGCAGCUCGAGAAAAAGAAGCUGUGUGACCAAGACACAUUUCAGGGAUCGGGAAACACCACUAAGGAUAGGCACUGUUGUGUGGGAAGGGUGCAGCAGCACAAGGACAUCCACAAAGAUGCAUAGUUGAAAAGAGGCACUCACAAGGUUUUCUCAUCUCCCUACAAUAAACCAGUGCAAAAGU